GUUCCGGUUUAAAACAGACAGUUUCUCAUAUAUUACUGAAAGAUGACUACAAUGUAAAUUAACCUCAUAUUGACACAAAUAAUAGAAUAGUUUUACCAUUAUCUGCGUUUAUUUAUUUAUUUAUUUUAUAAUAUAAUCAAGAUAAGGUUUCUGGUCGGAAACAUUUCACUGUCGCCUGUGCCGGUCUAGUUGGUGGUGAAACAGCAGCACAAGCUAAUUUCAUCGAGCACUCAGCAAAGGGAGACUGGAUUAACAGAAGUGUACUUGCAGUCUACAGUAUUUUACUGUACACUUAGGUGCGAUGGAGCUGGCCCACAGUCUGUUGCUCAAUGAAGAAGCCCUGGCUCAGAUUACAGAGGCCAAGAGACCAGUCUUUAUAUUCGAAUGGUUACGCUUCCUGGAUAAAGUACUUGUUGCUGCUAAUAAGGUCGAUGUGAAGGAGAAGCAGAAGAAGUUGGUGGAGCAGCUGACUGGGUUGAUCAGCAGUGCCCCAGGACCUCCCACCAGGAAACUGCUGGCUAAGAACCUGGCUACUCUCUAUAGCAUCGGGGACACCUUCACAGUCUUCCAGACACUCGACAAGUGUAAUGACAUUAUCAAGAGCAAGGAUGACACUUCGGCUUACCUGCCAACCAAACUGGCUGCAGUAGCUUGCGUUGGCGCCUUUUAUGAGAAGAUGGGCCGAAUGCUUGGCAGCUCCUUCCCAGAGACGAUUAAUAAUCUCCUGAAGGCUUUGAAAAGUGCAGAGUCUCAGGGCCGUGGCGAAAUUCUGCUCAGCUUGCAGAAAGUGUUAAAUGGACUGGGAGGUGCUGCUGCUUCCUGCCACCGGGACAUUUACAAGAAUGCUCGCUCUUUACUCACGGACAGAUCCAUGUCAGUUAGAUGUGCAGUAGCCAGGUGCCUGUUUGAACUCCAGAAUGAAGCUGUGUUCAUGUGGACCACGGAACUGGAAAAUGUAGCUACCUUGUGUUUCAAAGCUCUGGAAGGGUCAAACUAUGGAGUACGUGUAGCAGUAUCCAAGCUUUUGGGAACAGUGAUGGCCACUGCUUUGAUGCCAAAGCAAGCAGCUGUAAUGCGUCAGAAUGUGAAGCGGGCCACGCUGGAUGAAGUGCUGGAGCUUAUGUCCACUGGAUUCUUACGUGGGGGGUCGGGCUUCCUGAAGAGCGGGGGGGAGAUGUUGAAGGGAGGCGGCUCCGUCAGCAGAGAGGUGCGGGUUGGUGUCACACAGGCCUACGUUGUCUUUGUCACCACACUGGGUGGCCAGUGGCUGGAGCGUAACUUUGCGACAUUCCUGUCCCACGUACUGGACUUGGUGUCCCACCCCCGGGCCACUCAGACCCACGUGGAGGCCGUGUACUCGCGCCGCUGCGUCUCAUUCCUGCUCCGGGCCACCCUGGGCAGCCUACUGGGGGAGAAAGCUCAAAUUGCAGCCGCCAAAGAGAUCUGCCAGGCCAUCAGCAAGCAGAUGAGGGCAGUUGGUAAGGAACAGAUUGUUGAUGGGGGGGAAAUGACAAGGUUCAAAGCAUUACAGAAAGCUGUUGUGAAUGAUGCCAACAAUGAAAACAAAGCAGGUGCAGCAGACGUCUCUGCAAGCCAGCAUGUAAUGGUGUGCGCCCUCAAAGAAUUGGGCAGCCUAGUGCGCAGCCUGAGUGCCACUGCAUCACCGCUGAUACAGGAGCCCUCCAUUGGCUUCCUGGAGACAGUGACCUCAGUGCUUUUGCACCCUAGCAUGGCUGCACGGCUGGCAGCUGCCUGGUGUCUGCGCUGCGUCGCGGUAGCGCUGCCCUAUCAGCUCACACCUUUACUGGACCGGUGCGCUGAGUGCAUAAACAACCUGAAAACCUCGCCCGAAGCUGUCAGCGGUUACAGCUUUGCUAUGGCAGCGCUGCUGGGAGGGGUACACCAAUGUCCUCUGGGCAUUCCUCAUGCUAAAGGAAAGAUGGUUGUCAGCAUUGCAGAAGAUCUUCUGCGUACUGCUGCUCAGAACAGCCGUCUGUCCCUACAACGCACACAGGCCGGGUGGCUUCUCCUGGGUGCACUCAUGACUUUAGGCCCUUCUCUUGUUCGCUACCACCUUCCAAAGAUGUUGCUUCUCUGGCGAAACGUGUUUCCCCGCUCACAGAAGGAGCUGGAGGCUGAGAAGGCGAGAGGAGACUCUUUCACCUGGCAGGUCACUCUGGAAGGCCGUGCUGGAGCACUCUGUGCAAUGAGGAGUUUUGUUGCUCAUUGCUCUGAGCUGCUUACAGAAGAUGUGAUCCGGAGACUAAUGACGCCAAUAGAGUGUGCAAUGACGAUGAUGUCUCACAUCCCCUCUGUCAUUAAGGCACAUGGAGUUCAUUUGAAGGCCAGUGCUGCAAUGGUUCGAUUGAGACUCUAUGAUAUUCUGGCUUUGUUACCACCUAAAACAUAUGAAGGAAGUUUCAAUGCACUCCUUCGCGAGUUGGUUACAGAGUUCACUCUGACUGAUAACUCUGCAAACACCACCACGUCCCUGCUGAGGUCCCUGUGCCACUACGACGACAGUGUACUGCUCGGCUCCUGGCUUCAGGAAACAGACCACAAAUCUAUUGAAGAUCAGCUGCAGCCGAACAGUGCAUCUGGGAGCGGAGCUUUGGAACAUGACCCCUCCUCCAUUUACUUGCGUGUCCCAGUAGGUGAAGCUAUACCUGGUCCAUUGCCUUUGGGAGUUUCAGUCAUCGAUGCCUCUGUGGCCUUGUUUGGUGUGGUCUUCCCUCAUGUUUCUUUUAAACAUCGGUUGCAGAUGUUGGAUCACUUUGCUGAAUGCAUCAAACAAGCCAAAGGAGUUCGUCAGCAAGCUGUCCAGCUAAACAUUUUUACUGCAGUUCUCAGUGCACUGAAGGGUCUAGCAGAGAAUAAGAGCAGCCUGGGCCCAGAGGAGGUUCGAAAGUCUGCCCUGGCGCUGGUUAUGGGAGCUCUGGACAACUCUAAUCCUAUCCUGAGAUGUGCUGCUGGGGAAGCUCUGGGCAGGAUGGCCCAAGUGGUGGGAGAGGCGACUUUUAUUGCUAGAAUGGCUCAGUACAGCUUUGAUAAAUUGAAAUCUGCUCGGGAUGUUGUGUCCCGUACUGGGCACUCCCUUGCUCUAGGAUGUCUUCAUCGGUAUGUUGGGGGAAUAGGCUCAGGGCAGCAUCUAAAGACCAGUGUCAGCAUUUUGUUGGCUCUCGCUCAGGACGGAACCUCCCAUGAAGUCCAGACCUGGGCUCUUCACUCCCUGGCCCUGAUCGUGGACUCCAGUGGGCCAAUGUACCGGGGCUACGUGGAGCCCACCCUGUCCUUAGUGCUGACCCUCCUGUUGACAGUUCCUCCGUCGCAUACAGAAGUGCAUCAGUGUCUCGGACGCUGCUUGGGAGCUUUGAUCACAACCGUUGGGCCUGAACUGCAAGGAAAUAGUGCCACAAUCUCUACUAUCCGCUCCUCUUGCCUGGUAGGCUGUGCAAUCAUGCAGGACCAUUCAGAUUCCCUUGUUCAGGCUGCUGCCAUCUCCUGCCUGCAACAGCUUCACAUGUUUGCCCCACGUCAUGUUAACUUGUCCAGCCUGGUCCCUUGCCUCUGUGUCCACCUAUGCAGCUCUCACCUGCUGCUGCGUCGUGCUGCAGUGGCAUGCCUGCGACAGCUGGCACAGAGAGAGGCGGCGGAAGUUUGUGAGUACGCUAUGAGCUUGGCGAAAAAAGCAGGCGACCCCAAGGACAGCACUGGAAUGAAUUUGAAUAUCACCGAGACUGGUCUUGAAGGAGUCCUGUUUGGGAUGCUGGAUCGGGAGACGGACAAGAAACUCUGCUCUGACAUUCACGACACUUUGGGACACAUGCUAUCCUCCCUGGCUGUUGAAAAACUGUCCCACUGGUUGAAACUCUGUAAAGAUGUCCUAGCUGCCUCUAUAGAGGCUGGUGCUGCAGUCACUCUUCAAGUUGGGAAGGAGGAAGACUUGGAGAAGAAGGAUGAAAUGGACGAUGACAUCAUGUUUACCGCACUGGGAGAGGAUGACAAGUCCAUGCCCUCUGUUGCUCCUCGCUGGGUGACACGUGUGUUCGCGGCUGACUGUCUGUGCCGCAUCAUCCUGCUGUGUGAGAGCGCAGACAAGGUGCACUUUGACCUGGCAGCUGCCCGUUCAGCCAAACUCAAGAACCCAAAAGAUGAUCUUCUUGUGCUUCACCUCCCGGACCUAAUCCGCAUGGCUUUCAUGGCUGCCACCGAUCACAGCAACCAGCUGAGGAUGGCAGGCCUGCAGGCCCUGGAGGACAUCAUCAAGAAGUUUGCAGCCGUCCCUGAGCCAGAGUUCCCAGGGCAUGUGAUACUGGAGCAGUACCAGGCCAAUGUUGGAGCAGCCCUGCGACCAGCCUUUUCCCAGGAUACGCCAUCCGACAUCACAGCAAAGGCCUGCCAGGUGUGCAGUACUUGGAUCGGCAGCGGAGUGGUGAGCGACCUGAACGACCUGCGGCGAGUUCACAACCUGCUGGUGUCCUCCCUUGACAAGGUGCAAGCUGGGAAGGGCUCCUCCAGUCAGCUGUACAGUGAGAGCGCCACCACCAUGGAGAAGCUGGCUGUCCUGAAAGCCUGGGCUGAGGUUUAUAUAGUGGCUAUGAAGAUUAAAAAGGAAGCUGAGAAUAAACCACAGAGAGAGGUGAAAAGCAAUGAGGAGGAAGAGGAUGACUUUGGAGCAGCGGACGUGCUUCCUCCUGAUAGCCUCAUCACCCUGGUUCAGCCCGAGCUGCCUACUCUCAACCACCUCUGGCUCGCUGCGCUCAAGGACUACGCUCUCCUCACCCUGCCAGCUGAGUUUGCCAGCCAGCUGCCCUCUGAUGGAGGAGCAUUUUACACUCCUGAGACGAUUGAUACAGCUAGACUCCACUAUCGCAACUCGUGGGCUCCCAUACUCCAUGCUGUGGCAGUCUGGCUCAACAGCACAGGCUUCGCAUUGAACGACCCGUCCGAAGACAUGGCCACCAGUCUCCAGAGAGGUCCGGCAGCUGCUGUUCACAGCCAACCCUCCAGCAGUACGUCUCCAGCUUCCAAAACCCAGGAAGAUGUUGUCAAGGACAGAAUACAUCUUCUCUUAGGUGUCAGUAUUGAGUUCCUGUGUUUUCCUAGACCAGAGGAACCUAUUGAACAUGUUGCAGCCUGUCUGCAGGCCCUUCGUACCUUACUGGACUCCCCUUGUGUCAGAACCCACAUCGCAGAGGACCAGCUGCUUGGUGUGGAACUCCUGAAUGUUCUUCACCGUUUGCUCCUUACCCGCGACCCUCCCUCUGUGCAGCUUCAGGUAACCGGUGUUGUGUGGGAGACCAUACGAGCUGCACAGGAUGAACUACAAGAGCAAAGACGUGCCAAGUGUAAAGAGGAUGCUAGUGAGAAGGAUGCUGCGUGUAUGCUUGGGGAGGGAGGGGAUACUGGAGGCCUUGUUCCUGGGAAGUCCCUGGUAUUCGCUGCCAUGGAGCUGCUUGUAUUCAUCCUGGUUCGACACCUCCCACAGCUUAACACCAAGGUCAUGGACUCUCCCAGCCACAUGCCCUACAAACCACAGCGACUGCCAGAGGAGAGCGCUAGGCUGGUGGCAGCAACUGUCACCAUCUUAGCCGACCUGCCAUCGCUGUGCUCCCCAGAUGGAAGCAUGACCAUCCUACCCACAAUUCUUUUCCUGAUCACUGGCGUGCUAAAAGAAACCGCGGAAAAGACAGCAGACAAUCAGGUCCCCCCUCCUGUCUCCGCUGCUCUGCAGGGCAUCAAAACCAUAAUAACCUCCCCAUUGGCCAAGGUGGAUAAAACCCAUAAGGAGUGGACGGCUCUCAUACGAAGCACUCUGGCCUCUGUCUUGGAGUAUUCACAGCCAGACGAAACCAAGCCCAAGAUGGAUGAAGUGAGCAUGCUGACGGCGAUCACUCUCUUCUUGCUGUCCGCUGGUGCAGAGAUAGUUGGUGUUACUUCCUUACAGAACGGCUGUAUGAACAGGUUCAGAAACGCCUUGAACUCCAGUGACCCAUGGGUGCAGGCCAAAUGUUACCAGCUUUUACUUUCUGUGUUGCAACACUCCAACCGGGCCCUGUCGACUCCGUACAUCCACUCGCUAGCCCCUCUGGUAGUGGAGAAGCUGAAAGCUGUGGAGCGUAGCAAACCCAACAGCAAUACUGAGCUGCUAGCUGUGCAGGAGGGAAUCAAAGUCCUCGAAACACUGGUUGCCAUGGGAGAGGAACAAAACAGAGUCCAGCUCCUCGCUCUCCUUGUUACAACACUUAUCUCCUAUCUUCUGGAUGAGAAUACUUUCACUUCAGCCCCACCUGCUUCCAAGGGCCUCCAUGAGUUUGCACUGCAGGAUCUGAUGCGCAUCGGGCCUCUCUACCCCAGCGCUUUCAAGACAGUGAUAGGGGCUGCCCCGGAGCUGAAGUCCCGGCUGGAGACUGCAAUCCGAGCCAGCCAAGCCAGCAGCAAGGCCAAGGCAGCUGCAAGACUGGCCCAGACCACUGUGCAAGCAGCACCUACCAUCAAACUCAAAACAAGCUUCUUCUAAAGUGGCAAUCCAUGGCGGGCUGCAGUGCUCUAUGCUGUACACGAGAACCAUAGACAUAGCCUAUAACCCUGUGGCCACUAGUCAUAAACGGAGUGACUUCCCUCUGGUGGUGUGGGUUUUUGGGUUGUUUUUUUGUUUUGUUUUGUUUUAACCCUUUCAGUGCCCAGGAUAGAUACACUAUCCAUUUCUGGCCUUUUGAAAUUCCUGGGCUACUAUUAAAGGGCUGCUUUUUCUUUUAUGUUUUUUUCUUUUUCUUUUUUUUUUUUUCCCUCUGGCUUGAUGUGUUUAUGGUUUACAUAAAUGCUGGCUACUAAAUGCUGGCUACUACUACUAGAGUUAUUACUAUGAGUAUGUUUCUGUUAUAAUAUUUGUGUGAAGAAUAGCUUAUUAAAUAAAACCUACUUCAUUCUUUUAAAUACAUGUAUGGCUGAAAACAUAUGUAUAGAUUUAUGACAGGAGUUGCAGAAAUUAAAUGUUUUCCCUAUCCUUUUGACUGGCUCAUGGCAUUGAGGGCCUGCUUUUCAAAAUGUUGUGUAGGAGUUUAGUAAUGAGUAAGGGUAUUAAAUCAAAUGUACUAAUUUGUAUUAUUUUUAAACUAAAAGUAUGCUUCGAACUUCUAAUGCAAGUCCUGUUUUGUGCACAUUUAAGUCACAUUUACAUUACUUAUGUUUACACAAAAUGUAAUGCAUUUUGUAAUUAUGUACUAAUUCUCAAAGUUAAUAUUCAAAUUAAUUGGGUCUUCUUUUUACCUGAAACUGUAGACAUGUUAUUAAAGUUCUUAUACUUCAAA